AUGAAGAACAAUGUGUAUACUGCUGCCUGUAUGCCCAAAGCUGUACUACUGUAUUUAUUUACCAUUGACUACCAAGGUGAGAAGUUCAAGGCGCCUUUGUUAGAGCACUUGUCUCCUGCGACAGAACAGCGCAGAUUCGAAAAAGGAGAUACUCUGAUAUGCGAAAGCGUCGCACCUUGGUCCAGAUGUCUUCCCCAAUUGUUUUACACGGCUAGCCUAGUAGCAAAGACGGUCCAGGGGAAAUAUUCUACAUUCGGCGCUGCUGCUGUUGAUGAAGACGGUAACCAUCCUAGAAUGGUCUUGCUUGAACAUCUUGCACAAGCUCUCCAAUAUAUCGAAUCUUGGCAGGGCGUCUUUGACCGAACGGCUUUUGAGAAACGGUACAAACUUGACUGGAUUGAUGAUGAUGAUGUGGCCUGUGAUGUUGACUAUCACGACGAAAGCGACGCCAAGCCAAAAUUUUCAAAGCGAUCUAGGAGUGGUGACGCAUCGAAGGACCAGAGACGAAAAAAUGGUGGUCAGCAUAUCGUGCCCAUUGUAAAGCCCAUUGAAGGAACGAAGCAAGAAGACAGAAAAGAAGAAAAACACAAUGGUGAAACCAGAGCGGAUUUCAACGAUCCAAUCGAGUCGACAAGAAUGGAAAAGGAAAAUUCAUCUGCAACGAACAACCUCACACCCGACCAAGAUAAUCCACCGGAAGAUAUGCAGCACUGUAGCAAAACUGAUAUUAUUUCUGGUAACAAUAUAACGAUUUACACUGAGACGGCAAAUUAA